GGAUCUAAAAUCUUCAAUGGAACAGGACUGGAGGGCGUUGAGCAGGAGCAAGGUACCAUUCGGAUCGUAAACCUUAUCGUUAUUGUUGCAAUCAGAUAAGAACCACGGCGAGGUACUAAACGCGUUUGAUGAUCAAUGCUUGUCAUAGAUCUAUCUGACAUCCCUGAAAACACACAGACUGCCGAGGAAAAGUCACAGCAAUUGACGCCACGGAGCUCAAUGAUCCGCAAAGCGGUUGCAUCGCCAGUGAUAGGAUCCGACGACACCAGCCGGGAGUUUCCUUCAUAUUUUACUCGUCGAAAGCAACUCAAAGCGGAAGGACCCCAUCGGGAACCAUCCGUCUUUUAUCAAACGAUCGAGAUUCAGUUUCCAGCACCGAUUGGUACGGAUAAUCCUAUGCCGUUUAAGUCGACAACGUCAAUGUCGCCUACAGCAUCCUCGUCGUUGCCGCCAAUCCUUCCAAGAGGUGAUCGCAGCACCCAGAAUACGAGCAACUUGUCAGGAAGGGGAGGGCCCACGAGGACUCCAUCAGGGCCAACAGUCGCACAUGCACCCCCAUUGCGACAGCGUGACAGCUAUUCCUCUCCUCAGAUUGUCUCAAAUAGACCUAAUCUAGGACAAAAACGAGUUUCUGGCUCGGGGCAAAGUCUCCAGGCUCAAGCAGCGGCGUACAACACAACGGCAGCUCGGCGUCCCACUAACCCUGGCAUGCCUAUUCUGAGAGCGAAGAGUAAUCCUGGAGAUCUCUCGGGCGCUGGAAUGAAGGAUCGGCCCUAUGGCUUAUCCAGUUCACACAGCGCAGGCGGCAGCCAGGCUAUUGAAAAGUUCAUGGGUUUGUUCACUGGAAAGCACCGGGAUCAUGAUUCUUCAUCAUCGAAGGACAGCGACAGCAAGGAUGGCAAGAAGGAUAAGAAAAGAGAUUCUUUUACGGACAAGCAGAGGAAGUACAAGAGUCAGGAAGUGAAUCCCAGUCAUCUACAGGGAUUUGCAUCGUCUGGACGGAAGGGCGCACCCGUUCACGGCACCAUCAACGAGAACGAAGAAAGGCCAUACGCGCAACCUCCGCCACCGCGGCCCAUGCAGCAAUCAGGAACAGCGCCCCAGAGGCCACCGCCACCACCUCCAGAGGGCUCCUUGAUGGAUCUUCUUGAUCCUCCCCAGCGGAUCGGUUAUCAUUCUGGACAGUCGACCCCUUCAGGAGGCUCCCGCUCCAACUCGCCUGCUCGUGCACCUUCAGCGUCGAGACAUCCUCUCCCGGCCAACACAUCGUUCACCUCGACAUCGUCAGCAAGGUCGACAUCGAGCGGCGAUCGACUAUACCACGGAAGAGGGUUGCCGUCCCACGGCAGCUCAAGCUCACUGGAGAUGCUGAACCCAGGACUGCGUCCGGAGGACGAACACUAUGCCCGCAAACGAUCCCCACGACCUGGUCACUCGCCUCAGGUUGAUUCUCACGGACACGUACUUUAUGACAAUCAUCUGUAUCAUCAACAGCAACAUAAGCAGCACUUAGCAUCCCAUCCACACUCACGUCAACAGCACCAGCAGCAGCACGGGGCGCACAGCCCCCAUCCCGGAUACGAGUACGGAGGCAACAACACUGCGGGUUAUUUUCAACCGCCACAGAUGUCCUCGCCUGCGCUCUCUCCAAGGAGCAGACAGGGCUCUUUCGGGUCGGUCGAAACAUACGAUUCAAAUGCACCGACACCCACACCAAAAUCCAAAGACCGCAAGCUCCCACGAGAAGGAUCCUCGCCCUCGAUCCUUAGGGAUCAUCACAACGGCACACCCUCAAAAGAGCGGAGUAAUUCUUCAAAAACCUCUUCGCCGCAUCACUCACCCGCGCUUGGACCACUUUCCAGAGCUGCAUCAAAUCAGGGCGGAUAUGGAUAUACGCAGCAGCAGCAGCAGCAGCAGCAUGGAUCGUCUCCUCUGGCAGAGGGAUACGGCGCCACGAGUUAUGGUAGCCUAUCACCUUCGAGUCGUGCAAGGACCCGUGCACAGAGUCGGGAUGAGCAGCAUCUGCUACAUCGCCAAGAGAGCGGUAGUAUCGCUCAUGCCCAUGCUGCACCGAGACCACCAUACUAUGAGCGGGAAAGGAGUCGGUCAGGCACUGGACUUACCAUCUCAACGAUGACUUCUGGGUUGGUAUUGGCAUCAGCUCCGGUAUCGGCGCAUUCAAGUCCUGCGAUGCCGCCUGUACCGACGACAUCGUCGCUGUCGUCAGUGACUCAUCACCACAAUAGUAAUAAUAGCAGCGUGUCCCUGGCUUCGACAUCUUCGACAGCGUCGAGGUCACUGGGACCCGGUCGGUAUGCGGCUCCUCCUCCUUCUGGAUAAACGUGAGCUUCCUUUUAUGAUAUCCAACGUUAUUACAGAUAUAUCUUACGAACAUUAUUCAAUUUUCAUCUCAUAAAGAAGACAA